ACUGCCUCUGGGUCUUAUGGAAAAUGUAACGUACCGUGAAUAUGAAAAGAAAGUAAAAUUGCAAACGCAGUUGCCAAACUGUGAUCAUGAGGUUGCUCACACUGCAUUUUCUCGACAAUUUCUAUCCGCCUUCACCAAUCUACAAUUUCAAGAAUGCUGGAGCGACAACUUGUCUUGGUUCGGGGCGAAGAUCUACCAGACAAGCGGACACUUCAUUUGUGCCCAAUCGCUUACCUAUCCAAGUGAUGUUCAGUCUGUGAGGUUGCCCGAUCCAGAGGAAGGAUACGAAUGGAUGUCCAUUGCGUCGCUUAACAGUUCAGUAAUGUUUUGUAAAUUCAUUUCUAUUAAUUCGUCUAAUGACAAUAUUCUCGAUAGUGCUAUAAAUUUUGUCGUCGUGCAAGCCUUCAAGCGAGUCAAGCACAGGGAAGGAAUUAUGCUGAUCAAACCCAUCUUGUUUAACCCACAAAAUCGCAGUACGAAUUUGGGACCAUUGAUGGACAUCAAAGUCCAUAUACGUAAUGUUGCUCAGCCCAGGGAAUGCUUACCGUGA